GCCCUCAACAACACCCGCGAGCUCCAGGCCCAGCACGGCCUCAACUCGGGCCUGGACAAGGAGGGCAACCCCACCGGCCAGCUGUCCGCCACCCAGCUGGUCAACAAGGAGGUCGCCAAGCGCCAGUCCGCCAAGGCCGUCGCCGACGCCGCCGCCGUCGCCGCCACCGGCGUCUCCAAGAACGGCGUCCGGCGCAGCAGCUUUGCCACGCUCAGCUUCCGCAACUAG